GUUUUGACAGGUAAACAAAACGUGUGUGUGACCUCGAUCAUUGAUCUGGGAUGUAGAAGUUGGAUGUUCUUUAGCUGGACACAACUUGAAGAUACUGGGGUUUAUGGUACAAAUUAACCAUACCCAAGGUACAAUAUAGUGUAGCUUAAGGAACCCAAGUAUACACUUCAUCAGAUAUGGCAUAUUUUUCUGUUUCCUGGAGGGACGUGGUACUGUAUGUCGGCCUUGCUGUCUUCUCCUGGUAUAUGUACAAAAUCCUCAUCAAGCCCCUCCUGUCUCCUCUCAGGAAGAUACCUGGAACUCCCUAUGUACCAUUUUUUGGUAACAUGCUGGAGGCUCGCAAAUAUGAGGCCAUGACCAACUGUAUAAGGUGGAUGAAAAAGCUGGACUCCAAGAUUAUUCGAUUUUAUUUCUUCGGAGGACAGGAGAGAGUUUUGGUGGCAGAUCCUGAGAUUUUCCAGCAUAUCCUCAUCACCAACAGUAAAUACUAUGACAGAGUUGGAGACUUGUCUAGUGGACCACUUGCAGACUUGCUGCGAAGGCCCCUGUUUGUGUUGAGUGGAGAACAUCAUCAUAUUGUGAGGAAGAUUUGUAACCCUGGCUUUUCUCUCAAGCUCAUACAAGGAAUGGUGCCAAUAUUCCAGGAGAGAGCUGAUGCCUUGAUUCAGCUUUGGACACAAGGAAUGCAGACCCAGGAUGGAAAAACAUUUGGGGAUAUAAAUGUACAAGCAGACCUAGCCAAGCUUACGAGUGAUGUAAUCUGUAAGUGUGGAUUUGGCUAUGACAUGUACACCAUUGAGAAUCCAGACACACCACUUGUACAACCUCUAAGGAGACUGGGUCCUAGUGCCUCUUUAAGGUUUUUAGACCUUUUGCCAUUUGCCAAAUGGUAUCCUACCAAGAGAAACAGACAGGUCUGGAUGGAUUCAAAGAUUAUUGAAGAACUUGCAGAUAAGGUGUUACAACAAAAGAAGCAGAUGAUUGGGGACAAACAAUCGUGGAAAAGACCUUUGACCUCGUUAUUGAAUGCACGGGACCAGGAGGGCGGAGCUAUGUCUAACAAGGACUUAUUUGGAGAGGUGAUUGGGUUCCUGUUUGCUGGGUUUGAGACUACCAGUAUUGGUAUGACAUGGACCCUCUUACAACUGGCACAGUUCCCAGACAUCCAGGCCAAGGUCAGGGAAGAGGUCAAUCAAGUACUGAAGGAACACAAUGGUGUCAUCAACAAUGAAACUCUGGAUAAGCUCAAAUACCUCACAUGUGUCAUCAAGGAAACUCUCAGGAUGUUACCACCCAUCGUCACAAUGUUUCGUAAAGCAAAGAGAGAUGACACUUUAAAAGGAUACCACAUUCCUGCUGGUACGAUAGUGGGACUUCAUGUAGGAGCUCUUCAUCGUUUAAACUGGGAGGAUCCAGACUCGUUUAAGCCUGAACGCUUUAUGGAACAUAUUGACAAUGAAUCCAGGAAAUUUUUGCCAUUUGCUGUUGGACCAUAUAUGUGCAUUGGUUACAAAUUUGCCUUGUUGGAGAUGAAGACAGUCCUGGCCCGCCUUAUUCAGGAGUUUGACUUCAAAAUGUCUCCUGGUUACUCAUAUAAACGCCAGCAGGCUUUAGUCCUACGUCCAUCUCCUCCGGCAAGACUUCUAGCGACAAAGAUCUUGGGCCAAGCAUCUGAGUGACAAAGUUUGUUGGCAUCUCCACUAGGCCUACAUGACUUAUAUAAUCUAUAUCUGUAUUAUUUCAAAAUUGAAUUAUCUUAAUUUUUGGCUGAUAUUCUGUAACCAGAUCUAAUUCAGUUGCAGUUUCACAGAAUAUGGGCCAGAGAGUGAGAUAACUGAUCUUUAACACAUAUAGGUAACAGAUUAUUUCUACCACAAUAGGUGGGUGUUAUUCAAGUCCCAUUACAAGGCAUGAAAUAAUCAUUAUAACUGUUGAAAAAGAUUCAGUUUAUACCACAUGUAAAAUAAACUCUAAAUGUGAUUUGAUUGGUUGAUACAGUGACCUUUGGCUGAGACUAUUUAUUUAGAGGUCCCGGAAAUGAUAGCACACGUACAAGAAGAAAUUCAGUUAUUUUUGUCAAAUUUUUAAAAUAUAGAGAUAAUUUAUCAAUUUAUUGCUUUGAAAAGAAUAAACUUACAUUUAUUUUGUUAUGAUUUGUAAUAGAUCAUAAUUGUCCAUGUAUUUCCGAAAUUAUCAGUUUUGCAUAUUAAUUAGUAGCAUUUCACUUUAGGUCAUAUCCUUACGACCUACCUGGUAUUGUAGAAGAAUACAGAACAGACAAGGUCAAUUCAUCCUCAGAAUAUCUUUUCUAUUGUGGUAGAAACAGGUCACACAAACUCGUCGUUGUUGUAUAUGGUAGUCUUUAAUUUAUGAAUUAAUUACCUUCCUUUUGGGCUGAUGUAUCAUGAAAGGCAUUAGAAAGGCAUCAAAAAGACAACAGGAUAUGCCGUCAUUUUGUAAUAUCACGACGUGAUACACAAAUACAACUACUGUAUGUGACUAAUGACAGAUAAAGGGAACCAACAUGCCAUGUUUUGUGAUUGAAAAAUAGUUAUUUGUUAUGUAAUAAAUACAAGUAAAUUUAGUGUAACCAUAGUGAGCAGACGGCUGUUUAAAUCAUCAACAACUACAAAGAUUUUGAUGUAAGUGCUUUAUUUUUCCGUUUGCUUUGAGGUGCUUUGUAAAAGUUAUAUGGCCAGGUUCUCAAGGGCAAAUUUUUGAAGUGAUUUUUUGGCAAUUUUAUAAAACCAGUGUUUCUUUCAUUGACUAUACAUGUUUCUACCACAAUACGCCGUGUUAUUCAACUCUCAGACCAUCAUUUAAUCAUCACAGCUGUUGAUUAACAAUCUGUUUAUACCACACGUGGUAUAAA